AUUAAAUAAAAAUAUUGACAAGCAAUUUAAAUUUCUAAAUUAAUUAUGAAAUAGUUACAUAUAGUUAUAAAUAGCUUAAUAACAUAAUUAUUAAAAAAAAGGUCUAAAUAAACCAAUUUAAAUUUAUCUUCCCUGUCCCCUGUGCUGCCCUAGACCUUUGCCUCCCUCGCUCCGCCCACUCUUCCGGUUUCGUCCGAAACCAUCACCCACCUCCUCUUCCCCUUCUCGAGGCCGAAACCAUAGCCAUACAUUCGCGACUAGAGCUAGCUGUGAAGGCAACGGCGGGAUCGCGGCGUACAAAGACCUCCCAUCUUCCCCUUCCUCCAGCUUCGCUCCUCCCAGAAACCAUUGAGGAAGGAUUUAGGCUAAAUCUUGCUGCUACCAAGCAGUCCCUUAGCUGCGCUUGUCGCUCUUAUUCAAACGGGAAUGGUGGAGGAUUCUAUUCUAGGGUUUUUACAGAACAACGAAGCGAUACCAGACUCGCACCAAUUCGCUGCCAGUAUCGGCAUCGAUCAUAACGAGCUCGAGAAUGUAAUCAAGAGUCUUCGUGGUUUCGAAAUUGUUGAUGCUCAGGAAUUCCAGAAGGAUCGGUGGUUUCUUAAAGAAGAGGGCAAGACCUACGCGCGGGAGGGAUCACCGGAGGUCCAACUGUUCAAUGCAGUGCCACCUGAGGGGAUUUCUAGGGAGGAACUGCAGAAAAAAGUGAAUCCCGCAGUUUUCAAGAUUGGAUCCUCCUGGGCAGUAAAGAAGAAAUUGGUGGAGAUUGGCAGGCAAGGGGUCUCUAGAAAGGUUGAACAUGUCGAUGACAAAGUCCAAGAUUUUCUCCAGCAGAUUGAAAAUGGGGAUGUUGUUGAUGAGAAAGAUCUUGCAGAACUUAAAAGUAGGAAGCUCAUUGAAUUUAGGCCAUUGAAGGGGUACUCUUUAAGGAAAGGUCCCAAGUAUGUUUUAAAGAGGAAAAAGGCUGCAACGGAUUUAACGAGGGAGCAUUUGUUGAGGGGUGAUUGGAAGGAUUUGGAGUUUAAGGAAUAUAACCUUGCUGCUCAAGUACAACCUAUCCAAAUUGGUUAUUUGCAACCUUUGCUUAAGGUGCGGGAUGCCAUCCAAAGUAUUUUUCUUCAGAUGGGCUUUGAAGAAAUGCCGACUAAUAACUAUGUGGAAAGCAGCUUCUGGAAUUUUGAUGCUCUAUUCCAACCUCAACAGCACCCGGCCCGCGAUUCACAUGAUACUUUCUUUCUCAAAGUUCCUUCGUCUACUAGGGAUUUACCCGAAGAUUAUGUUGCGAAGGUGAAACAUGUUCAUGAAUCUGGCAAUUAUGGAUCCUUAGGGUAUAGAUACAAAUGGAAACGGGAGGAAGCGAAUAAGAACCUGCUUCGAACGCACACAACGGCAGUAUCUGCAAGGAUGCUAUAUAGGUUGGCUCAGCAGAAAUCUUUUAGUCCUAAGAGGUAUUACUCGAUCGAUCGUGUUUUCCGCAAUGAAGCUGUUGAUCGAACCCAUCUUGCAGAAUUUCAUCAGAUAGAAGGUCUCAUUUGCGAUCGAGGUCUCACUCUCGGUGAUCUUUUGGGAGUAUUGGAAGACUUCUUUGCGCGGCUUGGCAUGGCAAAGCUGCGCUUCAAACCUGCUUAUAAUCCAUACACAGAACCAAGCAUGGAGAUUUUCAGUUAUCAUGAAGGUCUGAAGAAAUGGGUUGAAGUUGGAAACUCGGGUAUGUUUCGCCCCGAAAUGUUGCUUCCGAUGGGGCUUCCGGAGGAUGUUUCAGUCAUUGCAUGGGGGCUUUCACUUGAGAGGCCCACAAUGAUUUUGUACGGCAUUGAUAACAUUCGGGAUCUCUUUGGACCGAAGGUGGAUUUCAAUGUUAUAAAGAGCAACCCAAUCUGCCGGCUGGGAUUGCAGUGAAGAGCUUUUCUGUUGAAUUCCAUUUUGCUUGAAGAAAAAUAUUUCUCAGCUAAUUUAUUUUAUCCACUCAUUCAAAC